UUAGAAAGAAGAACAUCAAUGCCUUGCAACGUCAAAUGGAGUUUCUUUUACAUCUCGAAUGAUUUUGGUUUCUUAAACAUGGAAUUUCUUUUACACCUACCCUCAAUUCAACAAUGCCAAAAAAAUCAAAAAAGUUAAAAAAAAUAAAAUAAAAUUCGACGGAUGGACAAAAUUUUUGCGUCUCUUUCCAUCACCCCUAUUAUCAAAACAAACCCUAGAAUUCCUCCCAUCCACUCUUUUUCCACCUUCUUCAUUCCCAUUCUGUUCAAUUCGCUUAAUCCAUUUUUGCAUGCCUUGGUCUCCCCAACCGCUCCUCCAUUGUUCAUCCUCAGGAGCAACUCGAGAAGGAGGAAGUGGGACAACGCUCCUUCCCCUCCCUCAUUCCCAAUCUGAAUCGCCAUGGAUUUCCACCGUUUGAUUCUCCUCCUCCUCUUCUCUUCCAUCUAUCUCUCCGAAGCCAAGCUCAACCCUAAUUAUUACAAGAGAUCAUGCCCCGAUUUCGAGAGGAUCAUCCGCGAGACCAUCACCACCAAGCAGAUGUCCACGCCCACCACCGCGGCUGGCACUCUCCGCCUCUUUGUCCAUGACUGCUUGGUUGAAGGUUGUGACGCCUCGGUAUUGAUAUCCUCCAACUCCUUCAACCAAGCCGAGCGCGACCAGGACAUCAACCUGUCUCUCCCAGGGGAUGCGUUCGAGGUGGUCACUCGUGCCAAGACCGCCUUGGAGCUCUCUUGCCCUAAGACGGUCUCGUGUGCCGAUAUAUUGGCCCAAGCCACCCGGGACCUUAUCACCAUGGUUGGCGGUCCGUUCUACACGGUUCCGCUUGGUAGGAAGGAUGGCUUGGUCUCGAAGGCAUCCAAGGUCGAAGGAAAUCUUCCAAGAGUUAACAUGACCAUUGAUCAAUCCAUCAAGAUCUUCGAGUCCAAAGGGUUCACUGUUCAAGAAUUUGCGGCUUUAAUGGGCGGACACACCAUUGGUUUUUCUCAUUGCAAGGAAUUCAGCGACAGGAUCUUCCAUUAUGGCAGGGCCUCGGGAUAUGACCCCGCUUUAAAUCCCAAGUUCGCCGCCGGGUUAAGGCAGAUGUGCGCCAAUUACACCCGUGAUGAUAGCAUGGCCGCCUUCAACGACGUAAUGACGCCCGGAAAGUUCGACAACAUGUACUACCAGAACCUGCCACGCGGUCUAGGGCUAUUGGCGAUAGAUCAUAUGUUGUAUGCGAGCCCCAGGACAAGGCCGUUUGUGCAGCUGUACGCCAAGGACCAAGAAGCGUUUUUCAAGGCGUUUGCACGUGCCAUGGAGAAGCUCAGUGUCUAUGGCGUCAAGGCCGGUCGGCAAGGAGAGAUCAGGAGUAGAUGCGACGCGUUCAACUCGCUUAGAACUUAAAACGGAUGCAACAUAUAUGGAGAGACAGCAUCUUUUAUUGUGUAAUCUUCUGAUAAUGUGUAGUAUCAUUUGCUUCAUACUUAUGAUGCCAAUUAUAACAUUUGGAGGAGUAUGAGGAAGGAGUUACAACGUUAUUGUGAUAAAAUGAUUCAAGUGCUAAAAAGAGAUAUGCUUUUUGUGUGUUUCUCUAGUACGUACGUACAGGAGUUAGGGAUUCGAUCUGCAUGUAUGUCUUUCUUGCCUCUUAAUGAGAUGAGGAAGUUCUCAGCAUUGAAAUAUUUUAAGAGCCAAUAAUUAUUUUUGGUACGUUCGAUAAACGGAUUAUAAAUAG